UGCCAGCAAAUUAAACCAUAUAUUUGUCGUAGGUCAUCGGAAUGUCUGUUACGCAACGAGUACAGCAAUGGGCUACAUUCGCCAGGACAUGGCACAUAUUCGACUGUACCUGGCAAAAUCCAUUCGAAGCCGCAUCUUUGAUAAGAAAACACCUGAUGGGACUGCACAAACCGAUUUACCAUCCUAUGAAUGAUUGUGGUGACCACGUCGUAGUUAUCAACACGGCAGAAAUCGCACUCCCGGGUGAUGAAUGGAAAAAGCGUGCUUACUUUCACCAUACUGGAUACGCGGGCGGAGCAAGCUGGACGCUGGCGUGGCAGCUGCACGAGAAAGAUCCUACCAUGAUUAUGAAAAAAGCCGUGUACCGUGCAAUGAAGGGAAAUUUGCAACGCAGACAUACGAUGCAAAGGCUCCACCUUUUCAAGGACGCCGAAGUACCGAAGGAUGUGCUUGAGAACGUAACCAACCAAAUUCGUCAACCACGGCGUGUUCCGGAACGGUUGGACCACAUCGAUCCGGAAUUGGUUCGUAAUUUCCCGAAAAUAAUGGACUAUCCGAAGGAUUACAUCCUACGAUAA